AUGGCGCCAACAAGAACCGACUCAAGCUCAUUCGACGACGACCGUGAGAAUUCGGGACCAAGUUCCGAGAUGCCAUUCAGAAAACCCCCUACUACAGAUGAGAGAUUUCCAAUUUGGCACAGACCUGAUAUGCACGAGAAUCCAGGACCCGAUUUCCAGAUGGCGAUCGAAGAAUGUCCUGUUACAGAGGAGAGACUGCCAUUUUGGCAGGACGACACUUGCGAGGAGGGGUUUCCAAUUGGGAAGCACAGAAGUGAGCGGUUGCGUCAAGCAGGAGUUGCAAGAGCAACUAUCGCGGCAUCUUAUGAAUCACCACAUGGGACGACUAAGGAUAAUUAUGCGGAGCGUAAUAAGCAUUUGACUGUCCUCCAACAACACGUCGCUUUCUUCGACCCCGAUUCAGACGGUAUCGUUUCUCCCCGCGAUACCUACAACGGGUUUCGUCGUCUCGGCUGGAGUCCCCUCCUCGCAGUCGGCUCAGCCAUGAUUAUCAAUAGCAUCUUCUCAUAUCCGACUCUCCCCCCAGGACAAUGGAUUCCAGAUUUCAAGCUCAGAAUCCACACAGAGAGAAUCCACAAAGGUAAACACGGGAGUGAUUCCGGAACCUUUGAUCACGAAGGACGUUUUAUCCCUCAGCAUUUUGAAGAUCUCUUCAGUAAAUAUGCAGGCCGUGAUAAGCAGGAUAUUACCAAGGCGGAGAUCUUUGCGUAUGUAAAGAGCCAGAGAAAUGUUUUGGAUGUGAUAGGUUGGGCAGCUGCGCUUCUGGAAUGGAGCGCAACGUGGCAUUUGUUAUCCCCUAAAGAUGGAAAGAUGAAGAAAGAUGAUAUCAGGAGAAUUUAUGAUGGAAGUCUUUUCUAUGAAAUUGCAGCUAGAAGGGAGAAGGAAUCUCAGCGAUGA